AUGUAUCGAACGGCAUUUCGCGCGGGAUGCCGUGUUUACGCCGGCAAGUUCUGGAAGAGAAUCAAUUUGCCAUCGCAAUCAAGAUCCUUGGCCGCUUGUUUGACGUCGCAGCGUUACUCAUCGUCUCAGAAAUUUACCUUAGAUCAGAUCGCUCCUCCGAAAGAUGCAUUUACACGUCGACACAUAGGACCCGACGUCGUUGAAGAAGAGGAAAUGUUACGAACCCUCAACUUACAGGUAAAUUAGACAACGCUGUAUGUUUCCUCACCGCGACGCGAUGUAACCUGCUAAUAUUGCAUUUGUUUUGCUUUCAGGAUGUAGAUGAGUUAAUCAACAGGACAUUGCCGUCUUCAAUAAAGUUUUCCCAAGAUCUUAAGCUUGAUGAAGCACUUAGUAAGUUUUGAUUAAAAAUUUACAACCACAUGUUGCUUACAUAUGCAUGUCGCUUUCGUUUGCUGCGUUGUUGAUGCCCACAUACUUAGCUAACUGUUUAUAUGCCUGAAAAGACGAAUAGUUAUAACAACGUUAUAAGCCAGUCAUGCGAAAACAUAUCUUUGAUGAAAAUCUCUUUUCUGCGUUAAAAAUUGCGAUUCAAAAGCUGAACGAUCAAGAAGGACGUCAAGUAUUUUUUCGUCCGGCGCGUGGCGCGUGGCGCGUUUGUGCCGGGAAAUUACGCAAAUAACGCCAGCAAUGUCUAGACCGCAGUUGUCAAGAAUCGCGAAGAAAUAAACAUCUCACAGUCGAUUUUUACCUCUAUUUUCUCGACUAGACAAUUUCAAGUCUAGAAGAUACCGAAGUUUAUGUCAUUAAGUGCAGAUGUUGAUGAGAUUUUCACGAGCCGAGUGUUAGCAAUGCGAAAGUUAGCUAGCAUCAUGUGAUUAUUUGUUGCAGAAAUUGUCACGCAGCGUUUAAGCCAUGUUAAAAAAAAUUCCCUCGAAUAGUUUUUACCACUUUUGCUUCUUCCUUCUUCAGUGUAUCAUCGGUUGAUUUUAUACAUAUUUUAGCAUGAAAAUUCUAAAGAUGAUAAAAAUUUAAAAAUUAUCUUGUUGAACUUGCCAGUAGGGGUCCUAUUUCGGUAUAAUGGAUUUGUGAAGUCCAGUUGCAGAAUGGUAAUUACACUCCAAUCUGGCUUAACCCCUUUAAAUAUAGACGCCUUGUUACUUUAAAUAAGGACCUCUUGCAGGGCUGUCAACUCUCCCGCAUAAUCCAGGAGACUCCAGAUUUUGAACCAUUUCUCCCGGUCUCCAGAUGAGAGUCUGAAAUCUCCGGGAUAAGUGCCAAAGUUUGCCAUUUCUUGUAGAUUUGACUUUCUGACAAUGAAAUUUCAAAUACUUUGCGUUGUUUGAGCUAUUUUACUGUUCACAUCAAACGUUUCUUCACAAACUCCGGUAUGCCAUUGUAAUAGAAGCAAUAAUGUGAUUGGUGGGUCAAAUGUCACAAUUCCAACAACAUCUUUUUCGUGCCUUUUUUUUACGAAUGUUGUCAUGUGCCAUGUGCAAAUUAUGGCAUCAUAUAUCAUCCCUUCCCCAUCAAUUCUCAAUAUUUGAAGGCGUGGAGGGUUGACAGCCCUGACCUUGUUGUGACAGGCUCUUUUUUGGCCCCUGGGAAAAGCCCUUGUAUUUUUCUCUAAAUUCAACCCUCUUGAAAUGGGAUAUUCCAUUUUUUUGUUUGAGGGAGGAGGGUGGGAGGGGGUCAAUUGUUCGGUUAGCAUCAUCCAAUGUUUAUAAUUUUUUUAUCAAUUUCAAACCAGGUGAACCAGAUCUUUUGGAAAGGCUGCGGCAGAUAUCAAAGCACAAUCAAGUCUGGAGGUCUUAUAUUGGCAUGGGAUACUACAACUGCCAUGUACCCACAACUAUCUUAAGAAACAUACUGGAAAAUCCUGGAUGGUAUGUGUCUUUAACCCUUGAAGCCCUGAUAUCCACUUACAAAUUCUCCAGAGCAUAGGCAUGGAAGGUGUGAGCUGGGAUGAGGGGGGAGGGGGGGGGGGCUUCAGCCUCCCCCACUUUUGUAGAAUAAUAAAUAACUUUCUUUUAUUUUGCCACAGUCAUCUCAUUAGGACUAAAAAACACUACUUUACAAAACUUUAAGUUUCUGAUGAAUCAGUUGGGUUUCCUGCAUUUAAUUUUGCUGUAUGCGUGUCCAACUUCCAUUUUUAAAAAAACACGAGUCUCUCACAUUGGAGCGAAGUUUUUCCGCUCUGAGACACCUCAAAACAUAUCUUAGGAACACAAUAGUGUAAGAUCUGUUAAACUGCUCACAAGACAUUGGCUGACACAAUCGACCCCGUUGCGAUCGCCAAGACUUUCGCAAGCACAAACGAACAAAGGAAGUUGCAUUUUGGGAAGUUCAAGUAAAUGUCGACUUGUCUAUUUAAAACAAGAAACAACCAUGACAAUGUACGUAGCCGGUUGGAUUGGGAAAUUUCAUAUUUUUAUCAGCACUCCCUCCCCCCACCACCCCCUAUGGAAGGCCAUCCUAUGUAGUUUUUGUUAUCAGCACCAUUGAAGAUUGCAUCCAAAAGGUCGAAAAUGAAUUUGUUUAACGAUCAAAGCAUUAUACCCUUGGUGAUCAUUUUACGGAGAAACCUGUAUUAGAUGGACACCCAAAAGACCUUUGCUGAUGUCUGCUUGUUAGGUGUCCACUUAAUACAGGUUUCUCUCUCUGAAUUCUCAUGACCUUUUGUCUUGAUUAUGGUAUGUAGUGAUAUUGCGAAGAGAAAUUUUUAAGGAGAAGUCGAUACACAUCUGUUUUUUUGGGAAGUACAUACAGCGUCACAAAGAUCAGACCAUUGUAUCAGGUGGCCGCUGAGAAGAGGUUAAAAAUAAUGAAAAAUUUGAAACCUGUCAUCCAAAAAAGUGGGUGCAUCUCCAGCGUGCAAAGAAAGUAGUGUCCGAUAGCCUGGGGCUAGUGGAUUUUGCUAUGGGGCUCGUAAAUUCUGUUAUUAAUUUGCCCGAUGGGCAAGUGAAUUUUUUUGAGGAAUUCAAAUUACAGAAGAACUGUGAAAUCAAUCUGCUCAUCAAAACGUUUUGGGGGCUAGUUGAAAUGAUAUUUGGGCUAGUAAUGUUAGCCUCAGCUUGCCCGAAUGGCAAGCUUUAAAAAUGACUUUCUUUGCACCCUGAUCAGGAGAGGUGGUCGUUUAUGAGAGGUUCCAACUAUAAAGCCUUAACUGGAAAAAUUUUGGUUUUUUGGGCAAGUGGUGACUUAUUAAUUGAAGGUGGUUGUGUAUUCGCGUAUGAGAGGCGGUUACACAUGGACAGUUGACUGUCAUAAAAUGAUCAUUAAACCUUGUCCUUUCACUUUCCUCAGGACCACGCCUUACACACCCUACCAACCUGAGCUCGCCCAGGGGCGGCUGGAAUCUCUGCUGAAUUUCCAGACAAUGGUCAGUGAUCUUACAGGCCUUGAUAUUGCCAACUCUUCACUGUUGGAUGAAGCCACCUCAGCUGCUGAAGCCAUGGCUCUCUGUUAUAGGUAAGCCAAAAAAGGAGUAACAGUGCUCCUCUGUUUACCUGCUGUCCUACGCUUUUGAGUGUGGCUUAUGUUAGGGUGAUGAUUGAUUGACUAUUGAUGAUUGUUAGCAAGAGGUCUCUUUUUUCCUGAGGUCACCAAUACAGAUAUAAAGAAAGUUCUGUUCUUGUAAUUUAUUUUGCAUGUAGGUUCAACAAGAAACCAAAGUUUUUUGUGGAUAAGAAUUGUCAUCCACAGAUCAUCUCUGUGGUGGAGACAAGAGCCAGGUAAGCUGUGUGUGAUACUUGUGUAAAAUAAUCUCUGGAUGUUUAAUUUGUUCAUGUCUAAUUUAAGGACUACACCACAAUAUUAUAAAAUUAUUAAAAACUUUCACCUUAAUUCCAGAAAUUUCUCAUGGGGAUGAAUCUAGUCAUUUGAGAUUUUAAUGCUUCAGCUAAGACCAUUUUUUUGACAUUUAGGGAUGAAGUUGCUGCCAGUGUGCCCAUUCACUCCUUUCACUUAGAACACCUUUUGUCUCUUAAUUGAUAGUUCUUUUGCUGGCAUGAAUAACACAGUGACAGGCUACCACCUUUCAUUACCUGCCCUGCUCAUGAAAGGUUGUCCACACCAAUGGAAUCUUCAUCCCCUACUCAUUUAAAACAUCAAGAAUGUGGGUCUUUCCACAUCCCACAAAAAUCAAAUCAGUGAAAGUGAUGUGAGACAGCUGGGCCUUUGGUUCUUUGUCCUUAUUCUAGAAGAAUGAGCAUCUAUUAAACCAUUUAUAGAUGUCAGAAUGUAGGCAGCACAUUCUCAAUCAUUUUAACACCCCAAGUGUUAAUUUUCUUCAGCCAGGAAAUUAAAACUGGCCCACUACUUCAAAUUCCAGUUCCCACCUGACUGAGCCUAAACCAAGGGGCUGGGUGGUCAAAACAUGUAUUUUUUAUUUACCAAACAAUCAAAUACCAUCCCAAACAAUGUCUCCUUCUGGCUUGGAAUUAAUGGCAGAGCUCUAUUCCUUGUACUUGUAAUGAUUCAGACUUGCAUUGAUGUACAUGCUUAUAUUGAUUUCAUUUGUUCUAGUACUCUUGGUCCUGAUGGUGAAGGCCUGGAAGUGAUUGUUGGCGAUAGAGAAUCUUUUGAUUUCUCCAACCAAGAUGUCAGUGGUGUUCUGUUCCAGUACCCAGACACAAAUGGCAAUAUCAUUGACUUUUCCAACUUAGUGGAGAAAGCUCAUAAUGCAAAGGUAAAUUUUUAAACAAAAUACAGCGUACUUGGUUUUUUACGUGGAGUGUGAUGGUGGUUAUUGAUUGUUGCCAGGCCCUUAACCAUUUAUCGAACAGUACAACACCUACAGAAUACAUUUAUAUUUAACAAUUAUUCGCCGAAGGCUCAGUUAAUAUUGUUGAAUAAUCCCCUCGACUUCGUCUCGGGGAUUAUUCAACAAUAUUAACUGAGCCUGAGGUGAAUAAUUGUUUUAGUAUAUUCGCACGAAGUGAUCUCAACAGAACCUUAAAGGAAACCACUAAAAAAUGAUUAGUUUGAUUGACGGGUGAAUUCGUGCGUGAACACAAAGUCGUAAACAGUGGAUGCUCAAAAGUUAGAUUUUUACAGUAUCUUCAAACAUGGCAAAUGAUAGUUUUAAUCUUUUUGUGUCAAGUUUUGUAAGCUUUAGCAUCAACGGUUUAAAAGAAAACGCCGAAAAUUUAAAUUACGAUCCAAUUCUGAGAAGAAAAGUAGAGCUUUAUUUGUUUCUGUCAACUCACCGUGAAUGAGAAAGUUUUCUUUGUCGCUUCUUGCUAAUGCUGUCAACAGCGGCUACGAUCAAGGUGAGCGUUGUUUAUCUCCAAAGUUCUUUGCCUUGUUAACUUGCUGGCACAUACAAUUUUCGAAAAUAUUUGCCUUCCUCUUUUCUCCAUAAAUUAACUUCUAUUUGUAGGCAAAAUUGGUCUUGCGAGAAAAUCCCGAAAUCACAAAACAGUGACAAAGUGACCUCGUUUUCCUCUGUCAUGGUAAACAUAGCUUCGAUGGGACAAAAAGUCAGCUACAGUAAACCACUCCACAAUAAAUCACGUUGUUUAAACACUAUGAAGUCUUUUCUUGCCUUCAAAGUCAUCAGCACUUGGAUAUUCGUGUAUUUUCAAAAAGGCUUUACUAUGAAACUUUGGCAAAACACCCAGUUCUCAACAGCGAUUUUGUUUCUGCUUUAUAUUCACCGCCUAGCACGGUGAAUAUAACGUCAUAGUCCGAGAUAGCUAACCAAUCAGAUUGCUUGAAUUACCAAGAUCACUGAGUGUGUAUAUACUAAAAUAUGAUACUGGUAAUUGUUGCUGCUAUGUUCAAAAGUUCAAUGAGUACUCCUGGCGAUAUUUUUGUAUGCAUUUCCCUCUAAUUAAGUGUCAACAUCCCUUCUUACUGUUUAUUGUUAUUUGUACUUUCUUCCAAGAAAUGGGUUUGUGUGUGAUAACAUGGGGCAGGGGUGAAAGGAGACGUGUUCUGAUUUGAGUGUUGACAAUACAAUGUGUGUGACCCAGUACAUGUAUCCAAAUUGAGUUUCAAAAGAAAUUCCAAAUUUUUCAGUAUAGAUCGAAUUUUUGGUAUAUAACCCAACACGGUACAUAUAAUGUUGGGGUCUGAUGGGAGUUAACGAGAGUUAAUGGACAGCUAUACGGUCAACUCCUGAAAUAUCAGGCGUUUGAAGUGAAUAGCCUGAAAUAAGAAAAUAAGCAAAUGGAUGAGGGAGUGGGGGGGGGGGGGGGGGAUGUAAUUGAGAAAUAAAGAAAACAGGAAGGGCCCCUGAAUUUGGGCGGGGGUGUCAAAAAAGAAAAAAAAAAGAAUUGACACAGUUGCUUUGAAAAAAAUUAAGUUUCCCGGACUUGGUUACCCGUUUUUUUUCUUGAUUUGUCACAUGCUUUGGAUAAAAACCACACGGUGAUAUGUGAUGUGGGGGUGGUGGGGGGGUUAAAGAAGUGUAAGGGAGAGGUUACGGGCUCACCCAUAAAAACUCGGGGGUUUAAAGGAAAAGCGUGAAAAAAAAAAAAAAGGAAAAUGGGGGGGGGGGGGGGGGGGGGGGGUGGAUGUAAUUGAGCAAUGAAGUAUACAGGAAUGGACCCUGAAUUUGAGCUGGAGUGUCAAAAAAGUAAAGACAAAGAAUUGACACAGUUGCUUUGAAAUAAAUUCAGUGUCUCGGACUUCGGUACACGUUAUUUUUCCUGACUUGUCACAUGCUUAUAAUAUCGAGUUAUUGAGGGUAGAUAAUAUAGAAAUGAUUUGAGGGGAAACAAAAAUCACUUUGAGUCAGUGGGAGGUUCAAGUUAUUAAGGGCUCGAGUUACCGAGAGUAAAAUUACAGUAAAUGUACAUGUAUGAAGGAAAUCCAGGGGAAAUCAAUUUUGGUUGAAGUUAGCACAGGGUUUGAGUUAUUGAGAGUCGACUGUCAUAUUAUUGUUAGUCAAGAGAGGCUUCUCAUGCUUAUUGUAAUGCAGUAACGUGUAACUGAUACAAUAUGGUACACAAAAGCCUUAUUAGUCUAAUAGUAAUAAAGUGUUUCCGAGUUGCUCCAAACCUCUGUUUCAAAGAGAGCCUACGUGUAAAUCCAUUGACUAAUAUGAAAAUGAUUUUUAUUCUCAUGCACAUAGAACUCAUUUUCACAAGAGAUGUUUUGCACUCGGCCUCGUUUUGGAAGCGAGUGUUUUUGUAACUUGGAAAUACCCUAUUAUUGUUGAAAGUUGUUGUAAUUGCCAUUUUGUUGUUCUGAAGGCUUUAGCAGUGUGUGCCACAGAUCUUCUUGCCCUGACAGUUCUAAAGUCUCCUGGUGAAUUUGGCUGUGAUGUGGCCAUAGGAUGUACUCAAAGAUUUGGCGUUCCUCUAGGUAAGCUGUCAAACAACUUUAGACAUGUUAGAAAGGUAGUUACAUGUACAAUUAUACAGUCAAUGCAGUCAGUGUUGCCAGAUCAGGAGUUCAUCCGUAUGUUUACAGGUGCACUUGAUUGUUACAGUAGUAGUUACUGUAGUUUGGACUUCUUCUCAGUGUCACCUCCCGAUCUCUAUCACAGACAAUAAUAUUAUUUUAGUCCCAUUAAUAAAACAAACUUUUUCACGAGUUCUACCUCUACAUGUACAUGUACAGUGUAUAAUGCAGACCCUGCUGUAAUGGAAACACUUGGCUGUGAACUGCCCACUGCACCCAUUAGCUUAUACGUACUUGUGGAGUGUCCAACCAGCAACUGGAAAGUUGUGAGUUGUGUACAGUGUAGAUUCCUUCUGAGGUCUGACAUUUUCCUUCAUAUUUUACUUACAAUAGUUUCAGUUUCAUGCAAUACUUUCAAUAUCUCAGUUGCAGUCAGUGUGUAUAUGUUGUAUAAUAUUGAAAUUAAAAUGCCAUUUUUAGAUGACAUACUACAUGUCCAGUUCAGUUAGGCAGGCAUUGUUGCUUCAGGUCAGUCAGCAAGUCAGUAAGUUGCAGAUUAAUCAGACAUCUCUCAAGUCUGUUGGUCAAGUAUUAUAAGACAAGCAGGUAAGGAUUAUGCCAGUUAAUUUAUUCACAUCACUGUCAAGUCAUUUACUGUUAGUCAAGAACUGUUAGUAGUCUGUCAUGUUAAUGCGUCAGACAUCAGCUUUUGUGGGGUACUGCUUUCAAGGGACAAAUCUGACAGUGACUGUUAGUUUGUCUAAACUGCACAUACAAAUCAUCAUUUUUCACCUGAAACUCCCAGCAACUUCCUCAACUGGAAAAUUAUUCACUGCAUGUUCAAUAUAUUUCCGAAAGGCCAAAACAUAAAUACAUGUGGUAGAAAAACCCCUCAAAUAUAACAAGGUUUGUCACGGAAAACCUGGAAAGUCAUGAAAUUUAACGAUUUCAUUUUCCAGGCCUGGAAAGUCAUGGAAUGAAAAGUCAUGUUUGGUAGAUUAGUUAUUGCAGAUGUCAAAGCAAAGAUAGUGUACAAUAGAGACUAGUUAUUAAAUAGCGCAAAUGACACGCAUUUUGUUGGACAGAAGAGUUUGUGUCUGUUGAACUGAAUAAGGUCAAAAAUACCCUAAACUUGUGGUCAUGGAAAAAGUCAUGGAAAGUCACGGGAUUUGAAGAGAUCAAAAGAGUACAAACCCUGUAAUAAUGUCAUAUUAUUCAGAAGGCAAUUGUUUUUGUUAAUAUGAUCAGGCUAUGGAGGUCCCCAUGCUGGAUUCUUUGCGGUGCGUGACAUGGGAAACUUGAAGAGAAUGAUGCCUGGACGAAUGGUUGGAGUCACGAGGCAAGCAAAAUUUCUUUCACGUCUUCUCUCCUGUUAAAGUGCAUGAAUGCAAUACUAAUAUGAUCAAAGGCAAUAGACCAAUUUCAAUAUAAUUUUUUUAUUAUUAUUCAUUGCUGAGCCCCAAGAUGAUUUCUUUUGUUUUAUUCCCCCAAGCCUCGUAGCCAAGUAUGAAUUUUGAUAUAUCGAGAUUGAUCUAUUGACCUGCUGUCUUGAGUUUUGUUUUGUUUGUUUGUUUGUGUUGCUUCCUUUUAAUAUGAUCCCUUGUGAUCCUGUGGACUGUUGGCUUGAACAUCAUUAAUUUUAAUAAUUAAUCAAUAAGAUUAUUUUGUUUUACUUGUGAUGUAACCAACAAAAGGAUUAAAGUUAAGGUAAUAAUAGUAAUUUUGCUUGCCUGAACUGAUUGUGGUUGACAGACUGACAGACAGACUCAUGGCUGGUUGACUGUCACACGUGGCCACAGACUGCCUGAUGGACUGUGCGAUUGACAGACAGAUCUCUCAGACUGUCUUAUAAACUGUCUAUUAACAUGACAUUCAUGUUGACUGACUAAAUAACUCAUAUUUGACUGAUUCACUUAUUGACACUGUACUGACUUGCUCAGAGAUAAAAAACAGCAUGAUAUUAAAUAGCAACAGUCUGGUUUGCACAUGACUAAGCAGGCAUACACUUAAGUGGCUGCUGGCUAUUCACUUGCCUUCACGAAAGUGGAUUUUUGAUUAUUGCCAGCUGUUACAGCUGUACGUAAUUUAACUGACUAAAUUUGCAGGGAUGCUCAAGGAAAGCCAUGCUACCGUUUGGCACUUCAGACUCGUGAGCAACACAUUAGACGAGACAAGGCAACUAGCAACAUUUGUACCGCACAGGUAAUGUGAAAUUAAUAGUAAUUAUUUCUGUUUCUGUAGUUUCCUGUAUUCUGUUCACCUAAAAUAAGCAUUGGCUGAUUUUGUCAUUUGCUAGAAAGUCGUCAGGUAACAGUAUGAUAAUUUUCCUUUUGACAGGCUCUUCUUGCUAACAUGUCGGCAAUGUAUGCAAUUUACCAUGGCCCUAAAGGCUUGAAGGACAUUGCUCAACGUGUGCAUGAUGCAACUCUUUUGUUAGCGGAAGGUAACGAAGAAUUUAGUAGAUGCUCAUUAGUAGUGCCAAUAGAGGUUUAGGGGUUGGCUUGAUCUCACUGCUUUUAAAAUGGAUGACUCAACUAUUUUAUUAUCACAGUCAUUCCACUGCCCCAAAAUUCUUGUUGCUCGUUAUUGGGUAAGGAAAAGGGCAUGUUUGGGUGACAAGUAAGAUCCAAACGUGCGCUUUUAAGUUAAAACUUGUAAUAAUAAUAAUAAUAAUAAUAAUAAUAAUAAUAAUAAUAAUAAUAAUAAAUCCCUGUGGUUGGUGGUGUGCUUGGUACAGUGAAGAAGGCUAUGGUAGAAAACAUCAAGAAAGAAUCAGAGAGAGCUGAUAUGACAGAGGUUCAAAAGAUCUGCAUGUUGGAAUCUAAGCACAUCAUUAGAAAGGUGCUCAGUGUAUGAACAGAAUGAUUGACUUGAGUGACUGAUGCUCUAGGUGCAUGGUUUGUGUGCGGCUGAUGCACAAAAAGAACACCAGCAAAGACUUUGAUAAAAGAGAUAAUAAUAAUACAAUGUAAUAUACAGUGUACAGUGUAGUGUUAACACUUACAGGUUAUUAUCCUUCCCCCCUUACUGGACUUUUCAAGGAUGGUGAAACAAAUAAAGCAAAAUUAAUGGAUCAUAGGUUUGUUAAGUAUCCCAGCUGGUAGGAGGGGAACCAGUUGCGUAUUUUACAAGGCAUGGCAAUACUGAAGAUUUGAACUUGGGACUACAGAGAACAAAAUAAUCCAGCUAGUGAUCAGGAGGAGACUUGAACUUGGGGCCUGCAGAUUUCAAGUCCAGCGCUCCAUCUAAUCCCUUUGAUCCCACAUCUAUUUCAAUGAAUUGUGAAAAUUACUGCCGUUGGGGUUCUGCAACAAUGGAGCCCUAUAAUAUUAAUCUUUAUUUACUGAUUAAGGUCUUUUUGUCUUUCUGUUAGGUUUGAAGCGUGCUGGACAUAUCCUGGAAAAUGACAUGUUUUUUGACACCUUGAAGGUAAUAACAACUGGACCAUAUAUUCAUUUACGCUCAGUUGGUACAUGGACAGUAUGUGACCUAAUUUUGUUUUUUUCAUCUAAAGGUUACAUCAGGCACUGGUGAUGUUUCUGACAUUUUGGAAAGAGCAAAACAACGGCAAAUCAACCUGAGAAUUUUUGAUGACAAAACUGUAAGUUACUGAAAAUAUCAUUCUAAAAAGUUUGCUUGUAGAAAUGAGGAAGCAUAAUAUAAAGCUUCUCCUUUAAAAUCAUAAUUAUUACUGAAUAUACUUUGUUUUUUUUCCCCUCCUUAGCUUGGGGUAUCAAUGGAUGAAACAGUGAAGGAAAGAGACUUGAGUGAUCUAUUGUGGGUGUUCGGUUGUGAAAGUUCCACUGUAAGUGUAUGAUUAUGUCCAGAGAAACUGUAUGUGCAUGGCUGUAUAUUAAGGGUGAGGGCGGUGAUUUUCCCCUUUACUAUGAAGGUGAACCCUUCUUUUCAGAGGCAUUUAUAAUGUUCUCCUUGAUCUGCACACACAUAUUAACUUUUCACAUUAGCCUUUAAUGUGUGACUGAUUCCCAGAUGUGUUAAUGACAUCAUCGUUCUACCUUAAGUAACCUAACUGCUUGUCCAGGGUUAAAAGUGGUCUAUCUGCAUUGAUAAUUAAUUUUGUGUCCCAUGGGUGGAUUUGGCAGAGCUUGGAAAAAGCUCCUGUCUGUUAAUGCGGUAAAGGGGAUUUUCUUGCUGGGAAAAUAACCUUUAAGCUUACUAAUGCCCAAUGAGUAAGGUUCAUCAUCUUUGCAACUCAAUUAAUUGUUAACUAACACAAGCAAGAGGUAGCUCCUGGACGAGCAAAAUGUGAGGGCUGCUAAUGCCCAAAGGACAAGCUGGAAUUCAAGUGUUUUUUAUAAUUGAGCCCUGUUUGAGAAUGGGGCUAAGGGGAUGGUGGCCUCCCUUUUUCUGUGAUAUUUCCUGUUGUUUUAAAAGAAUUUUCAGAAAAAAAAAAGUAUCUAAAUAGUAUGUUAUAACUGGGCAAGUGUCCCGGCCACCCCUUUUGGAAUUUUCUGGAUCCACCCUUUGUACCCAUGGUUGUACAAACAGGGUAUUUUUAGUUCUUAAGAUAAUGUCAAAUUAUUAUAAUUUUUCAGGAUUCCUUGGCUGCCAAUAUGGAAGAAGUACCACAAAGGAGCAUUCUACAUAGUUCAUUCAAGAGACAGAGUGAUUACCUUACUCAUCCUGUGUUCAAUAUGUAUCACUCGGAGACAAACAUUGUUCGUUACAUGAAGCUGUUGGAAAACAAAGACAUUUCUUUGUGUCAUUCUAUGAUCCCUUUGGUAUGUGAAUAAUAAUUGAAAUUUUAUUUAUAUUAACCUUUAAUCUUGGUUGGGCUACGUAAUUGUUUUAAUCAUGAUUCGUACAAGUCAUGGAAAACCAGGAAAGCCAUAAAAAAAAUUUUUGUUUCCAGGCCUGGAGAGUCAUGGAAAAUUAAAGUUAUGUGAUGGUGGUAGAUUAGGUACUGCAGAUGUCAAAGCAAGAACAAUUUAAGAUAGAGACAAGUAAUUAAACAGUGUGAACAGCACACAUUUUGGUCAACACAAGAGUUUGUGCCUGUUCAACUGAUUUAGGUCAAAAUAUACCUCAAAGCAAGGAAAGUUUUGAACAUUUUAAAAGGGAAAAAUUUAAAGGUCAUGGAAAAGUCGUGGAAUUUGAAGAGCUCAAACGUGUAUUAUGUGUAAGUAAAGUCCGGAAACUACCCACUCACCCCUCCCCUGACCUUUUGAACAUCAACACCACACACAACUUCCUUCUUACAGCAAAUUGUUAGGUUAGGGGAGGGGCAUUUCCCAGAAUCCUCAGCCGAUAUAAUAAUAAGAUUCUUCAUAAAGUGAAGAGAAAAUUGUUGACAAAUACUGUUUAUUUUUGCAGGGUUCUUGUACAAUGAAACUGAAUGCUACCACUGAAAUGAUGGUGAGUUUAUCAUUUUAAUAUUCAAGAUAAUUUAACUAAAAUUUGAUUUGUUUGUUUAUGAUUAAGGAGAGGGCUGUUUAUAUGGGGAUUGCCUACCAUUGCAGUUGAGUAGAAAAAGAUUUUUCAGUAGCCUGUUCUGUAAGCGUUUCUACGCGAGUUUGUUGAGAAUAAGAGCAAAACAAUCUUAUUGAACUUGCACAGAGCUUUGCAAACAAGCUCACACAAUAAGGCUUGCUAUGCAGUAUUCUUCACGGCUGCCUUAAUCCUUUUUCAGUGGUCUUAAGUUUCUCAAAAAUACCUGGAGUAAUAAUUAUAUAUAAUUUUGAUUAAAGUUUUAAACUGUACAGUUUACUAGGCAUUAUUAAUGUUUUUUACAUACCUUCUGAUACCUCUAUAAUUUAUUGUCAGCUUUUAAAAAAGCAGUUUGUCAGCUUUGAUUCUAGCUUAUUCUCUAAUUAUCAUGUAGCUAUCAUGUAAUUCAGCAACUUUUUUUUUUUUAUUGUAAAUAGUUUUAUUGCAUAAUUUAGGCAUUUUCUUUUCCUGUUUCCCUAUGUAUAAUUUUAUUUAUUUAUUUUUUCUUGGCUAUAGUUGAUUAGCAUAUUUAAUUGCCAGAGGUCUAACCAACUUCAUUGAAUAAAGUUUCAUUCAUUCAUUCUUACCUUGGCAAUGUCUUUUCUUUUCUAGCCUAUAACCUGGCCCAGGUUUGCCAACAUCCAUCCUUAUGCACCAGUGGAACAAGCCCAAGGAUAUCGUCGUCUGUACCAGGAAUUGGAGAAAGAUUUGUGUGAGAUCACUGGCUUUGAUGCCAUAUGCUUUCAACCAAACAGGUAAAAGUGGACAAGAAGCUUUAACAAAUUUUGAUUUUAGAAAAAUCUUUGGUUGAAAGGGAAAUUAAAGGCCUGAAACUCUUGCUCCGCUUAUGAGCACACUGUUGGCCUCAGCAGCGUGCAAAGAAAGUAGUGUCCGAUAGCCUGGAACUAGUGGAUUUUGCUAUCGGGCUAGUGAAUUCUGUUCUUAACUUGAAGUGAAUGAAGUAUUUUGAGGAAUUCAACUUACAGAAGAACUGUGAAAUCAAUUCUGCUCAUCAAAAAAUUUCGGGGGCUAGUUGAAAUGACGUUUGGGCUAGUAAAUGCUAGCUUCAGCUUGCCCGAAUGACAAGCUGUAAAAAUGACUUUAUUUGCACCCUGCUCAGCUUUAUCACUCUAUUGGGUACUAUUAGGAAGUAAAUAAUUAAAAAUGAGGACCUUAAUCUUUACUUUUACAACUUUUCUGAGGUUCUGUUCACAGAGCUGUGAAUUAAUGGUAAGUCUAUCCAACUCAAAUUUGCCCAUGCCCGGCAAAAUCCUUCUUGCACUCAGAGAUGAUAACUGGACAGAGCAAAUUUCAAUGCCGAUGAAUAUCAUUUUAAAACUGAAUUUUUAUUGAAUAGUACUUCAACAAAGAAAUUACCACCAACAACUAAAAUGGUUACUUGGUCAGACGUAGUGUCCUUUCUGGAAAAAUGGAUCUUUCAGGAAGGACGUAAUAAUAUUAUGCCCAACCAAUUCUGUUAAUCACCAUCUUAGUCUUAGAAUACUAUAGAGAUUUACCUGCAGAAAUCGUCUUUCAUUACUUUUCAGUCAAAGUGAACAAUUUUUAAUAAUCAGUGAGAAGCCGUCUGUGCUGACAGCUAAAUGUUCAGCCCAGUCAAACCUUUUCAGUUUAAUACAUAGUGUCAGCAGUUACAUCUGGUACUUCAUGUUUGCCUUACCCAUUUGACCUAAAAAUACUUCUCAAAAAUGUGUCUCAAGACCCCUUGUUUGUUUGUUUGUUUAUUAUUUUUCCUAUACAGUGGAGCACAAGGUGAAUACGCAGGCCUUAGAGUUAUCAGAGCCUACCAUGAACAUAACGGAAAUGACCACAGGAAGGUAUAAACACCCACUAAUUAAAAGUAUUUCUUCAGUUUAACUGUUUUUAGAUAUAUGUCCAUUAUUUCACCUUUCAUGGGUGUUUGUCUGUGGGUAAUUUAAAACAUUUCUACUUCAUUAUGUUGCAAUCACCAACAACUGAUUGGAUGGGGUUAGUUGGUUUAAAGGAUAGUAAAACCACGUGCAUAUAAGGAGAGUACUUUAAUAUCCAUGGCAACCAAAUUAGCGGUAACGACUGUCACACUGAACAAAGAGUUUAGUGGAAAAUAAACAUUACGAACUUAACUGAGGGAAAAGUGGACGGACGGGUAGAAUCCAGCAACCAAGCCUUUGUAGUCGUAAAAAAGAGAAUAUUCCACAAUGAAUCAUCGAAACUUCUUGAAGCCCUGCUACUAACGGGGACGUCCCGCGUGAGCCGUCAUAACAGAAACCGCUGACCGUCAUUGUCUUGAGUUUAUCUUUGCCUUCUCCGCGGUCAAACGUCUAUGGCGUUUUUUCAACCUCCUUCAAUAAAAAUUGCCGUGCUUACUUUUUUUGGUGAAAAAAAAAAAAGUAAAAAUGAAGUUUUUUCGGAGUGUCGGUUUUUUGAGCAAUACGCCGCAAAAAAAACUUUAAGUUAAUGCUCGUCCUCGAAUCUAGAUGUCUUUACGUGAACUGUAUGAAUGACUUCGUAUUCUCGUUUCCUAACUUGUUUUAGGUUUGUCUCAUCCCAGUGUCCGCUCACGGCACAAAUCCGGCCAGUGCACAGAUGGCUGGCUAUCAAGUUCAAGUAAUCAAGGUGGAGAGCGAUGGGAAUGUCAGUUUAAGUGACUUGAAAAAGCAGGUUGAAAAACACAGCAAUGAACUGGCUGCUAUCAUGGUCACGUACCCUUCAACCAAUGGAAUCUUUGAAGAAGGGAUUAGGUAUAUCUGCGAUCUGGUUCAUGAUCAUGGAGGCCAGGUGUAUCUUGAUGGGGCGAAUCUGAAUGCGCAGGUAGGACUCUGUCGACCAGCGGAUUACGGCGCUGAUGUCAUGCACACUAAUCUGCACAAGACGUUCUGCAUUCCGCAUGGAGGAGGGGGGCCUGGAAUGGGCCCUAUUGGAGUGUAAGUACCUCAGUCUUGAAAAUGAGUAUUCGACACUUUGAGGUUGCACGGGAGACCAGGUCUAGAUGGUUUUCAAAGUGCAUUGUGUGACUGUUUUGGGGGACGCAUUUCAACAUGGCGGCAAAAAAGUCCCCCAAAACAGUCCCACAAUGCACUUUGACAACCAUCUCGACCCGGUGUUCCGUGGAACCUCAAAGUGGCUCGGAUAAAAAGACGAACGGCUGUGAUAAAAAUAGUUAGCUUGCGUUGCAGACAAUCUAAAUCCCCGAUUUAGGACUCUGUUGAAUUCUCUGUCUUGGAUUCUAGUGACAAGUCCGCCGCAACACAGGCAAGGAUAAACUUGUACGUGUAAACAGUACUUGACCCUGCCCUUAAAUUUGUAUUUUACCCUCUCCGUUGGAAAACAUUCAGCGCCAUCUUUACCCUAAUCAGCAUCGUAAUUGUAAUUGUAAAUUAGUUUUAUCUAGGUUUCAUUUAAAAUGGGAACGAAAUAGAAUGGCGUAGUGUUGCCAAACGUUAACGAAAUGAUGGCCUGCUAUUACAGCCGCUAAAGUCAGCAGCGACAGGGACCGAUGAGAGGCUACUGUAUAUUCGCAGCCUAACAAAAUGACGGUCAACCUUUUAUGACUGGUCUCAUUAUUGUACCUGAUUAAUUGACGCUCAGUUAUUUUAAUCCACAGAAAGAAACACUUGGUCCCAUUUUUGCCGUCACAUCCUGUCAUCUCACCGGAGCGCUCCGUUGGAAAAAGUUCCCAUCCAUUUGGUGUUAUCUCAGGUGCACCUUAUGGGUCUAGUGCUAUUCUACCCAUAUCAUGGUCCUACAUCAAACUAAUGGGCCCCAAGGGUCUUGCUCAUGCAACGAAGGUAGGUUUAAAGAGAGACUGCAAUGUUGAUAUUUUUGUGGUAUUUGUUUUUCAGGGCUGUGCUCUAGUAACGCCUGGUAACCCCUGGCACCUUACUGCAGUUGCUCUUGGGCGAUUAGGAAAUGUUACAUACAUAAAUUAGAGGUUUUUUAAAUUUACAGGUAGCCAUUACGACACCUGAAGGAGGAUCGUGAAGUUAUCCCUAUAUUAAGAUCUCUUCUUACAGAUACCCCACCCAGCCCAGGAAAUGUUGGCCUCACCACCGGGGUCUACGACCCCUUUUUCUUUUCGAAUAGAGGUGUGUGUUCUUGUACGUCCCACAAGAUCUAGACAAGUGAGAGUGCUCUUAGACGGGACCUACAGUUUUUCGUCCUUAUCCUAGAAGGUCUAACCGUUUGCAGAUGCCAUUGCAAAGGCAGCACUUUCUUCUCAGUUAUUUAAAGACCCUAAGUGUUGGUCUGGCCGGGGUUUAAACUUCGACCUCCCGCUCAGAAGUCUGGCGCUCUUCCAACUGAGCUAACCAAGCGGCAGUUACAUAAUCCUUGCCGGGCACCCUUUUUGUUGCACUGUAUUUGUUUAUUUGUACUGUGGGAAGAAGCUCUUUGCAGUCAACACACCCUAGGGUAUACCCAUCAUUUCAAACAAGACUAUGUAUAUAGUAGCCCUUACAAGAGUUAACUUCGUUUAUUUCCUCAGAUUGCCAUCUUAAAUGCCAACUACAUGGCUGCCAGGCUUCGGGAUCAUUACGAUGUGCUUUUUAUCGGAGAUGACGGUAAGCCAAUCAAUGCCCAUCACAUACGUGACGCUAUUUUAAUAGAUGCCACAUAGAAUUGCAUUGCGCAUCCUUACUCUCAAUAAGUUCACGCGUGAUUAGCGCGCGCAUCUGCAAACAUGGCUGCUUUUGACUAGAGUCUUGAGCUCGCCAGAGAAAACCAUUUUUGCCUGUUUUUCCCCCAGUCCUCUCAAAUUUCUUAGCUUCACACCGCGACUUUCGCGUUGAUUAAAGGAUGCGUAGCGUAGCCCUUUAAAACGUCGGGUCUCCGUUGGAGCCUAAUAAUUUCCAGACUUUCCGAAAACUCCAUUUAUCGACUUUUCAAUUACGUCUUCCGCAAUUGUUUUGUAAUGAUAUUAUUCUUGACAUCUUUUAUUUUCGUUUACCAGGUUACUGCGCUCACGAAUUUAUCGUCGAUGCUAAAGAUUUCAAAAAGACCGCUGGAAUUGAAGCAAUUGACAUCGCCAAAAGACUUCAGGAUUAUGGUAACCUUAGUUUGUUAGGAAGUCUGUUUUGCAUAUACGUAAUCGUCGGGAUCGCCUCGAUCGCCCGAUUCUUCUCAAAGUAUGUGCGGGCGAUAGAGACGAUCAACACGGGAUGUGGCUCGAUCAGAGACACUCGAAUAAUCGCUAAAACCAGACGCAACGGAAACAUUACGGGGAUUCUGUCUCCAUUAGGAUAAUUUUGUACCCCUUCGUAAAUAAUAGAUGUCUUGUGAUCAAAUUGCAUCGUUAUUAAGGGAGGCAGCGUGGCCGAGUGGUUCAAGUCCCGCCCUGAUCGCGAUCGCUAGCUAGAUUUCUUCUCGGUAAUCCCGAGUUUCCUCGGCCACGCUCGUGAAAUAGCCAACUGAUUCGUCUCUUACCAGUUGGGAUUUUUAACCUUGAUAUGUUCAGUUUAAAGUUUUUGUUUUAUUAUCGCUGAAAAGCCCCAUACUAGAACAGGAUAAUUAAAUGUUUAUCAUUAAGUUCGUAUCAUAACCAAGUUUCUUUGGCUGUUUCAGGUUUCCAUGCGCCCACUGUAUCUUGGCCAGUGUCAACUGCCUUAAUGAUCGAACCUACCGAGAGUGAAAGUAAAGCUGAGCUGGACAGACUCUGUGAUUCACUCAUUUGUAAGUCAGCUUAUAACAUAACAUAAGGGACGCGAAAACAUCACUUAUAAAGUGUAUGCGCGUUUUUUUAGACUUUACGAAGUUGUUGUUUGCUCUCCGGUUGUGAUAUGUUUGCGUUAGCAAAUGCCACGACGUGCAGUGACCACGAAUUGUGAUUUACGUGCACACAGCAGAGUCACCGUCGUCGUCGCUUAAGCUUUCCAGUGAAGUUAAAUAGUAGAUGGUUCUUUAAUUCCUAACCGAUUUUUUUACGUGUAAUAAUUUGGUUCUACAUUCGGACGCCUCAUUGUGAAGAGUAAAUAACACUUUAUGUCCGCAAAUCAUUCGCUCGAUUAUUUUAGCGAACUCGAGAAUGAAUCGAAUAGGAUCUUUGUUGAACAUGCGCGGCCUGUUGCUAGGAUAUAGUUUCGAACCUAGGCCUAACAGCCGUGCGCCCCGGUUAUGAUUUUCGGCUUACCACCAAACGGAUGCUCGCACUCGAAAAUUUGCCGUUGAGUCUCCUGACUGAUUAUUUCUUGCUUAUUUUCGGUCUUUUCUUAUUUCGUUAUUCACAGCAAUCCGCCAGGAAAUUCGCGACAUCGAAAACGGAAUUAUGGACAAGACCAACAAUCCUCUCAAGGUAAAGAUUUUUCCCUCAUUAAGCCACGUUUAUGGUCCAACCUAAUCAGUGAUUGAUUUGCGAUUAAAGUUGAGUUAGAGCAGUCUGGCCAAUCACGAUAAGUGUAGAGAAUCGAAUUAACCAAUCAGAUCUCCAGCGCUAAACGCGGGAAAACGCGUUUGCAACAUUUCUAAUUGGCUAAGAAAGAGGCGCGUGAUUUUUUUUAGCCUAACACAAAGUGUAUCUGAUCAGUAAACACCACCUUACCUUUCACUUUCGAAAGGCGCCUUGUAAUGUUGCUGUAACUGUCUUUUUCUUUUAGAAUGCACCGCAUGCUCAAGAUGUUGUGACUGCUGAUGUAUGGGACAGACCCUACAGUCGUGAAGUUGCGGCCUUCCCUGCUGUGAGUAUACUAAAUAAACUUAAAGCACUUUUUCUUUCACACAACUGGAAAUCAUAGAUGGGCAGCAUCAAACCAAACUCACUAGGUUCCAUCUUUUUUUGCUGGCUAGAACAACCAGAAGUACGACACUACUUCAAUUUCCAAAACACAGGGUUCGUACAGAGUCUUGAAUUCUUGAAAUUCCCCACCAGUUUUCCAGUCCUGGAGAAAUUCUGGAAAAAUGGUAAAAAGUCUUGGAGUUUUUUCUUUUUUUUCUAAAUCUACAUCAAGUGAUUUAUAAGUGAAAUUUUUCUUCAUUUUGGUCAAAUCUUAUUCAAUCUCGCCUAUACGUUUGCAGCGCAUCAAGGCAACAAAAAUAACUGGACUUUGAAACACCAUGUGACCUGACGACCCCCUGCACACUCGAACCCAAACUCCCAUAUGUGUGUGAGAAAAAUGUUUUUCGUUUCUCUCGUUCCUCAGAAGCGGGUCAAAAACGGACCCUUGAAGUAUACGAGUGUAUGGUGAUGUAUGGGGGUGUAUAAAUGUAAACUGAGGGAAAUGAUUUCCGGGAAAAGGAACACUUCACUGAUUCAUUGCAGGGUGGAGAGGAAAAAGUGUUGUUUUCCGCUGGCUGGGGAUGCGUUUUGGUCUGAAUUUUUCAGUGAAAAAUUUUAAGGGCAUGAUACAGAGUUCAGUUUAGUGUUUUUCGCUGAUGAUGAGUUUCAUAGUUACCUUGCUCGUGUGUGUUUUUUUUUCUUUUUUUUUUCUUUAGCCCUGGCUGAAAGGAACUGCGAAAUUUUGGCCUGGAUGUUCAAGAGUUGAUGACAAACAUGGAGAUCAAAAUUUAGUUUGCACUUGUCCUCCAUUGGAAAGUUACGAAGACGUAAAGACGAAGUCUUUCAGUUAAUGCAAGAAAACAAGAUCAAGCCGACUGCCUUUUACCAACCGUAAUUAAGCAGACUUGUGUCACGCAAUGCAUUUACCCUAGCCAUAACGUGACGUGUGGAAACUUGUCACGCAACACUUUUAUUAGAGGGAGUUCAGUUUUGCUAACUUUGGAAAAAAAAGAACAGUAAGAAGAAACUCUUCCGAGUUGUUGUCCAACAAUCCAAAUGCAAUUCAAUUCAUUUUGUUUAGACUGGUUUAGAAAAUUUACAAGUCUCUGCACCAAAGAACAAAAGGGAGAAAGCGUUUAAUAUAAACAAUAAAGACAGAGAGUUAUAGUUAAUUGUGUGCGUCAACUAGGAAAGCAUUAGGCUUUCAAGCGUCGCCCAAUGUAAGGUAUUCCAAUCGUUACUGGGAUUUCGGAUUCCAUUCGAACCCCGGAUUCCAAUCGUUAGCGUGAUUUCGGAUUCCAUUCGGACCUCGGGUUCUAAUCGUUAGUGGGAUUCUGGAUUCCUUCUGCUGGAUUACGGAUUGUAAAGCCCAGGAUUCCGGAUCCCACAGAUUCAGGGAUCCUGAUUACCUUACGUAAGGCGACAAACUGGUUUCCGCAAAGGGGCUGGACAAAAGUGAUGUAAAUAAGGAAACGAGAGAGUACAUUUUACUCAUGAAAGACAAUUUUAGUAUUGGUGAAUGAAUGUAGAAUUAUUUAUGUAUCUCAAAUAGUACUUACUAGUUAUGUUUAAAGUGUUACACCUCGUUGAAGAGGCUGCUAGACAUGAAAAGAGGACCCACUUUCCUUUUCCAUUUAUUUUUCUGUCUUUUGCUGUCCCAAGAUUUUACGGAUUUUUUUAACAUUUGUGGUCAACAUUGUUUCUACUCAUUAAUCAUUCUUUCGUCCGGCCAGGAGCAGACAAAGCAUACUGGUUGAUUUACAUUAUUUUACACUUUGUUUUAGGGUUCAUUGAUUUAUGUUGAAUAAAACAUGAAAGUUC